AUGACAGCUUCAAGGGGUAGAAUUAACUUGAUGGAAUGGUUGGUGCGGCAUUCUAUAGAAGCCUUUAUCAAUGCUCGCGAUCGUGAAUCUGGAUACACACCUUUACAUAGGUGCAUUUUCUACGGUCAAAUACAUUCUGCAGUAGCUCUGAUGAAACUAGGUGUUAAUACCGAUAUUGUGGAUAAGGAUGAUUAUAAAGCCUUGGAACAUGCUAUGCUAGACCGCCACUACAUGUACAAGCACAUUGGUGACCAGCCCAGCGAUGUGUAUGUGUGGGGAACAAACUCUAACUACACUCUAGGCACUGGCACACAGCAACAACGUAACUCACCUGAACUAUUGACCUGUUUCAGUCGCACUAAUAACUCUGUCAAACAGGUGAAUUUCAGAGAUAAUUCUGUCAUAAUUAUAAAU